CUGUGAGGGGGCGGCCCCUCAGGGCCGGCAGAGCCCACCCUCUCAGGGAGGGUCCCUGCGGUCCACCUGCCCGCCGGCGGUAACCAGCCCAGCCCAGCGGGGGGGGGUUUUCUCAUACGACAACAGGUUGAUCAAAAAUGACUAGCAGCAGCGGCUGGUUCCUGAGUGCUGGAAUCCCCACCUCUGACCCCACACAAAAGACGACUUUUCCAGCUCGGCCUCCGAGGGAGCCCCCUUCAGAGAAGCUCCUUCAGGCUGGGGCUGCCAGGCCAAAGCUUCCAGCCUCUGAGAGGGGCCGUGCACCAAAGGGGAUGCAAAAUCCAGCAGCCCAUGCACCCAAAUUAUCUGCACGUCCUUCAAAGAAAGUCCUAGAGGAGCUUAUUGCAAGAUAUAAACAGGGAGUACUAAACCCAGUAUCUGCCUUGCAUCAGUUUGCACAAAUGGGCCAUGCACAACUUGAAUUGAAAGAAACUAGUGUGGCAGGCAAUAUCAUAAGGCCUUAUUUUGCCUUUUGUGCUGUAGUAAAUGGUGUUAGCUACAAGACUGGAUUGGGAAAAACCAAGAAGGAAUCUAAAUUCAAUGCAGCUAAACUCGCUCUUGAUGAGCUACUUAACUUGGAGCAUUCAGAGGCAGAGGCUUCUGAAAAGUCAGGUCAUCCCUGUACUCCUGCUCAGCACCAAACUCCAGCAAAAUCUGUUCAUGUUUCAAGGAUCUGUUUUGAAGGAAGACAGCUUAUAUAUCAGAAACUUUCAGAAACACUUAAAGAAGUAUUUAACAGCCUGACUGCCACGUAUCCUGAGUACCAAAGUUGUGGAAGUUCACUGGCUGCCUUCAUCAUUGAAAAAGGUGGACAGCAUGAAGUUGUAGCUCUAGGAACAGGAGAGUGCAAUUACGGCCAGUGCUAUCAACCCUGUGGAAGAGUGCUCUAUGACAGCCAUGCCAUUGUUAUUGCAAGGCGUUCUCUACUUAGAUAUUUUUAUAGACAUCUUUUGCUGUUCUAUAAUGAAAAUCCAGUGAGGAAAGAGAAAUCUGUGUUUUGCACAGCACCAGGCUCAAAGCUGCUGACCCUGAAACAAAAUACAACUAUCUUUCUCUACAUGAAUCAGCUUCCAAAAGGAACUGCUCAGUUAAAAUCACGGAUACGUCUCAACCCGCAAUCUGUAUCUGCUUACGAAACUAAUGAAGAACUGAGUCUCCAUGUUGCUAUAGAAGGCAAGAUUUACCUAACCGUUUGUUGUCCACCUAAAACUGUUAGAGCAAGCAGUAUGUCAGCUAGUGACAAAUUAACAAAAUGGGAAGUGGUUGGUAUUCAGGGAGCGUUGCUGAGUCACUUCAUUGAACCAGUGUAUAUCAACAGUAUUCUUAUAGGAAAUGGAAAUUGCCAGGAUACGAGAGGGCUAGAAAUAGCUAUAAAACAGCGUGUUGAUGAUGCACUUACGUCAGAGCUUCCCAUGCCUUACCUGGUCAACAGAUCUCAUACGUACUUGGUGAACGCUGCACACCCAAUUCAAAUAGACAUUGAACAGAGAUUUCUUAGUUUGAAUUGGUCAUUGUCAGAUGCAUCACUGGAGGUUGUGGAUGGGUUAAAUGGAAAAACCACUGAAAGUUCACCAUUCAAAAGUGGCACUUCCAUGGCCAGUCGUCUUUGCAAGGCAGCGAUGUUAAGUCGUUUCAGAUUGCUUGCUCAGAAAGCAGAACGCAAUGAUUUGCUUCAAGCUGCAACAUACCAUGAAGCUAAGAUUAAAUCUGAAUUGUACCAACAAGCUAAAACCUUGCUGCAAAGCUACUUGGAGCAACAUAGUUAUGGAUCCUGGAUGUCGAAGUCUCCACAUAGCGAACAGUUCAGUGACUGACUGUGAGGCAGGUUGUAUGUGAAGUCAGUUUGGAUGAUUUCUUUCAGUAACGUCUAAUUCUGAUUAGUAAAAUGUUUAACUGUAGGGUUCGUAUUUGCAGCAAGAAAAUCAUUCCAGAGCUUCUUGUCAAUUUAAAUGCUGUUAUUAAACCUGUAACAGUCUUUUACCAAAGUUGGUGUUUUCUUAUAGGUAGGAGUAUCUAACAGCUUUCCAAAUCUGUUUUGUUUUGCCCACAAUGCCACUUCAUUUCUGCUCUCUCACUCCCACUCGCACCCCAACCCUUGUGGAGUUAUUAACAUGUUUUUUUCCUGUUAGUUUCAGGAUUGAUGUGUACUGAUUUCUUCUUUUCCCCCACCUUUUUCAUAACUGUCUUUAGGGAAGAAAAAAAAAAAUCAGUAAAAGUUGGAUUUCUUUUAAAAAAGAAAAGUAUACCGAUGUUAGAAUCACUUUCUGAAAUGAAAAUUGGCAGUCUAUGCGUUUUCGGUAGGCAUCCUUUCCUAAUAAUGUCAAGAAUUUUGUUCAGCAUGGAUUUGCCAAGUGGCUUGUAGUUUACUGUGUACUGUUUGUGGUAGAAGGGUUAAAAAUAAUCUGUUUACUUCCAAAUGAGAAACUUUGGAUUACCAAACUGUUACUCAACUGUUUGGUGACAAUCGCUCUUUUUGAUAAUACGUUUAAAGCAUUAUAAAGGUGUCAAAGUUGUAAAUUACAGAAUAGUGUGAUGUAGUACAGAAGUCACCAGAAACAAGGUUCCUUCAACUUUUGUGGGCUGUCUCAGAAACCAUCACAUGUUGGUGCUUAUGGAGGAGUUGGAUUUCUUCAUCCACAGACCACUUUAUCACUGUACUGAUGAGUCUUCACAAAAUUGUCUGCAUACAUAAUAAUCUGAAAAACGUGGCCUGUUGAGAGGAAAGUUGCUUCCUUGUGAGUGAUGGUAAGAAUAUGGUGAUAUUAUGAUAAUUAUGGUGUUGUUAAGUAGCGUACUUGGGUUUUGUGUGGUGUUGUGAAACAGUGUAUUUGAGCUAGAUAGUACACUUCAUUAUGUUACUCAGUUUUUGUAUAUCAUACAAGCAUGGGAAGCUGUUAAGUUAUGUAGUGUUUUCAUACAUCAGUAAUAGUAUAGAGCUGCAGUCAUGUUUCAGUUUCUUAUGGGAAGAGAAUUCUAAAACAAAAACUGCCUUCCAUUUGUUUCUUUUUUUUCCUUAAUCUGUUUUCUAACUAGUAUGUGGAGUCUUUGCUGAGCCUAUCUUGUGUUGGUUUUCAAGUUGUUGAAACUCACUGGCUUGUUACCACCCUGUCCUUGACCUUUUUUUUUGCUAUUCUGCUCUUGUAUUUUCUGUUGUUAUCUUUUAACUUGGAGGGGUAGGGUGGUGAUGUUUUGUUGUCUUAUUUGUGGCACACGCUCCACAUAAUAUUUGCUGCAUGGAGUGUUUCCUUUCUAAGAAUGCUG